AUGAGCAGGGAGAAGGGACCUCUCUGCCGUGCGGCGGGGCGGGCUCUGCAAGGCACCAAUCAGCGCGCGUCUCGUCUCUAUAAAUACGAGGCCGCCGAGUUGCUCCAGGCCCAGUGUUUUCCCCUGGUUUGUGGACGACGCUCGCACCAUGUCGGAGACCGCGCCUGUUGCCGCUCCCGCCGUGUCCGGCCCCAGCGCCAAGGGCGCCGCCAAGAAGCCCAAGAAGGCGGCGGGCGGCUCCAAAGCCCGCACAGCCGCAUCAAGCUGGGGCUCAAGAGCCUCGUCAGCAAGGGCACCCUGGUGCAGACUAAGGGCACCGGCGCCUCCGGCUCUUUCCGGCUAAACAAGAAGCCCGGCGAGACCAAAGAGAAAGCGCCGAAGAAACGCGCGGCGGCGGCAGCCAAGCCCAAGAAGGCGGCGGCCAAGAAGCCCGCGAGCGCCGCCAAGAAGCCCAAGAAGGCGGCGGCGGUGAAGAAGAGCCCCAAGAAGGCGAAGAAGCCGGCGGCUGCCGCGGCCAAGAAAGCAGCCAAGAGCCCCAAGAAGGCAGCCAAGGCUGGGCGCCCCAAGAAGGCAGCGAAGAGCCCGGCCAAGGCGAAAGCGGUGAAGCCCAAGGCUGCCAAGCCCAAGGCGACCAAGCCCAAAGCAGCCAAAGCGAAAAAGGCGGCGCCCAAGAAGAAGUAAAACGACUUAGAAAAAUUAUAGAGUCUACUCAU